UCCUUUAUCUUAUUGGGUGACUUUUCAGUUCAACUGCAUGUUGAGACAGAGACGCCCUAAGGCUCGGUCCCAGGUCGAGUUCUAAAGAGCCUUUCUAAGCGUCUGUAAUCCCACACACGCUGUGGACAAGUAAAGCAGACAACCCUUGUUCGCACUUCUUCUUUCUGUUGCCACGACUGAAGCAACCAAUAAGUGACUGAAGGGGACUGCGAAGUGACUGUGAAGGGACUGUUCCUAUGUUUCGCUGUUCAUGAGUUGUGGUUGUUGUUGCUAUUGCUGUUGCUGAAAGGGAGAGGGGUUGGAAGAGUGCGAGAGGAGGGUAUAAGUAGUAUUUUAGCAGUAUUUUCUCCGCUGUGGAAGGUUAUCGAUAUUCCUGUGCAGGUCUUGAUCGAAGGCUCUUCUUGUGGGAGUUUUGGAUGUGGUCUCCACGUCAAUCUCUUUCUUCAGAGCAGACAUUAAGCGCAUUCACCUUUUGAUCGAUAGUUCUGGGUCAUGUCGAUGGUACCGUUAUCUGCAUGCCGUGACGCAUCUUGAACCAGCCUUUUGAGUGGUUUGUUUUUCGCCGAAUUGCACGUUGCAUGUACCCUGCUGGUAUUCUCAAGCGCACAGGAUCAACCCCUCGAGCUCAACCGGUCUCUGGUUCAAUCGAUUGUCGGCAGUUCGUUGAUUGAGUUUGCUCUAGAUAUAAAACCUUACGCAGUUGGAAUCUUAAGUGUUGUAAAUCGGCCAAUGCUUGUGUGAGAUAGCCGCUGCGAUUCAUUGGAAAUUGGUUCAAGUGGGCGCUUCUUCAACCAAGGGGAUGUUAUCAUAUCAGCUUGGUCUCAAGUUAUACGUCUACGGUUCAGAUAUACCAGGACUCUAGCUAGUCGGUGGUUCACUGUUCCAUUUCCUCGGAGGUGAGAGCCUGAGAGCCUGAUCAGAACUGAUUGUGCGAGCAAGCGAGAGUUUUCUGAGGAUUAGAUUGGCAUCACUGAGGCGGUUGUAUCGAGAGCAAAAAAUCUGGGCGUUGUUCAGCGGUCGGUUAAUUUUGUUGUGAUAAGUAUCAAGGUGUUCGGGAAGUGGGUGAGGGAGAAUCUGACCUGUAGAAGGGAUGGGAACCCAUAUGGUGCUGUUUCCUGAGCACGAGCACGUAAGGAGAAGUACAUCAUGGGGGGGAAUGCAUGACUCGGAUGGUGGUGGAUCCUGGGGCACGCCCUCGAGCUACGGAACGCACACCCAAGGAGGGGGGAACACGUGGAGCAAGAGAAUUGCAGCCAACAGUGCCGAAUCUGACUCGUGGGAGGUGCGCGCGUUCGCCGAGGACGCGAGCACGAGCGGCCAGUGGCCUCCGCGAUCCUACUCUUGCAGUUUCUGCCAGCGCGAGUUCCGCACUGCGCAGGCCCUGGGUGGGCACAUGAAUGUUCACAGGCGAGAGAGAGCUCAGGCGAACCAGCUCGCGCAGCUUCGAAGUGGAGCAAGCAGCGGCAGCGAGACGCCCAAUUCCACGUUCAACAAUGCCUCGAGCGACUGGAUCGCGAGAGGAAAUUCGCAUGACAUGCAAUCAAGCUCAGACUACGGUAGAGCAUCGUCUUAUGAAUAUCCACACGCCCAUGUGGAUUCUUAUCAAUCCUACGGUGGUUCAUCUUCUAGUUACCGCAACCCUAUCUUGUUCAACUCUCCCUGUGAAUCCACCUGGAGAUCUCCACACGACAAGCCUCUGGAUUCAGUCGACCUUGAGCUCCGACUCGGUCAGAGAUAUGACUGAUUUCGAUCAGCGUCGAGGAUUUCCAUUCUAACUUUCAAGCUUCGAUGAUCACAGAUAGUUGAACUGAUAGUGGUUCAGAGUUAGACUUAUGCCCGCCAGUCUAUCCAGUCAUUCACAGAUGGCAAUAGAGAUUUCUGCCAGUUACAGUUGCAGUGAGCUCACGAUUCAAUGGAUCAAUCGCUAGAUACAGAGCUUCCAUGGCGGAUUAGUUAUUCCUCACUGCAGGGAUUGGAAUAGUUUCAGACAUGGCGCUGAUCUGUAAUCAUUGUACAUAUAAUUGUGGAGACACAUGUUUGUCGAGUCAGAGAAAUUCAUUGUUUGGAAAAAACAUGAAAGUCUCCACGCUGUGUUCACGUCAUUCUAUGUAUUCCGUUAUAGCUAACAUGGUCACAUUCGUUCUGUUGACUGCCAAA